CGCCUCCUCACCGGCCGGGCCGCUGUCAGUCACGCCUAACGGCUAAGAUGGCGGCCUCCGGGGCGCGUCCGUGGCUGCGCGGCCUGCUGCGGAGCCGCCCGCGCUGGGAGCCGGGACGCCGGGGCCGCUCCGCCGGCGGCGGCGGCGGCGAGAGGCGCAGCCGCAGUCUCCUGUUCGAGCACGCGCGCCUCGGCUACAGCGCCAAGCCCCAGCUGGACAUGGAGCCCUUCUGCGCGCGCCCGGAGGAGGCGGCGCGAGCCUUGGAGCACCGGAAGGGCCCCUUCGGCUCCGAGGACCUGGCGGGAAUCGUCUCCGUCUGGAAGGAGCUGGUGAAGGUCAAAGAGGAGAUCGAGAGGAUAGAAGACGAGAAGGAGACCGUGACGGACCAAGUGAAGGCCCAGCUGGAGAACCACGACAAGUCCGCCCUGCAGGAGGACCCCGGACACCGGGCCCUGCUGAGCCACGGCCGGGAGCUCCGGAAGCAGCUCAAGACCCUGAUCCGGGAGAGGGAGCGGCUGGAGGAGCUGUUCUACCCCCGCGCCCUCAAGCUGCCCAACAGCACUCACCCCGACGCGCCCAUCGGGGAGGAGCCCCAGGCCCGAGUGGUGGAGGUGGUCGGCAAGAAGCCAGUGUUCUCCUUUCUCCCCCGGCGGCACCUGGACAUCGGGGAGAGACUGGACAUCAUCCGGCAGAAGCGCCUGUCCCACGUGUCCGGCCACCGCUCCUACUACCUGCGCGGGGCCGGCGCCCUGCUCCAGCACGCCCUGGUCAGCUUCGCCCUCCACAAGCUCGUCCGCAAGGGCUUCACCCCCAUGGUGGUACCAGAUCUGCUGAGAGGAGCCGUCUUUGAAGGCUGCGGUAUGAACCCCCAGGCCAGCCCCCUGCAGAUCUACACCCUCGACCCCGCCCACUUCCAGGACCUGAAUCUGGCGGGCACCUCAGAGGUGGGCCUCGCAGGGUAUUUCAUGGAUCACGCGGUGGCACGGAAGGAUCUGCCCAUCAGGAUGGUCUGCUCCAGCACCUGCUACCGGGCCGAGACGGACAAGUGCCAGGAGCCCCACGGCCUCUUCCGCGUCCAUCACUUCACCAAGGUGGAGAUGUUUGGGGUGACGGCGGCGGAGACGGGGCAGGAGAGUGCAGCCCUGCUGGCUGAGUUCGUCUCCAUCCAGAAGGAGAUCUUCUCCGAGCUGGGACUGCACUUCCGGGUCGUGGACAUGCCGACGCGGGAGCUGGGCCUGCCGGCCCACCGCAAGUUUGACGUGGAGGCUUGGAUGGCCGGGAGGGGCGACUUCGGAGAGGUCUCCAGCGCCUCCAACUGCACCGACUUCCAGAGCCGGCGCCUUCACAUCAUGUACGAGGACGACGCCGGCCGGCUGGCCCACGCCCACACCGUGAACGGAACGGCCUGUGCGGUGCCCCGCCUCCUCGUCGCCCUCCUGGAGAAUAACCAGCUGAAGGACGGCAGCGUGAUGGUGCCCCCCGCCCUCCAGCCCUACGUCGGCACGGACCGGCUCACGGCUCCCACGCACACCCCCCUCCGAUACAUUGGCCCCAACAAGCCCCCUUGGGCCUGACCUUGUCUCGCCCACCGCAAGGAGUCGGGAGCGAGAGGAGGACGGCGUACGGCAAGAACCCAUCCAGGCCCAACUCUUCUGGAAGGGGGGUGGCGAGGAGUAGGCUGGGGUGGGGGGCACCCAGCCAUCCCUAGUCUCGCAUCCUUGGCCCUCCCCCCUCCUCCCUGAGCGGGGUAGAGGUAUCGGCGGGGGACCCCGCCCCCCCCCCC